AUGUCGUCCAAUGUAGGACCAAACCAGGCUCCCUCCAAAGCGAUAAACAUUUCGAAUACCUCGGCCGCGUCUCCACUCUACUUGCCAGCUUCAACCGACAGCGGUUCUCAGCGACGUGCCGGAGGCUCUGGAAGCUUUGGUGCUGGUUCAUCUUCAAGGAACUCGCCCACAGCAAGGAAUACACAAGGCCGAAAGAGUCAACACAAGCACCAGAGGAAACCGCGGCUGCUCGAUGAUGAGUACAACGAAUCGGUGGGUGCUCCAGCGCUUGCUCCCAAAAAAUCAUCGCCAGCUGACUCUAUCAUCUCCUCUGCCCAGGCCGUCAUGAGAUCAACAAAUAGCCGCAAGGGCCAGACGUCCAUUACCCACUUGAUGAACUUUUCCCUCCCCCCUCGCCCGCAGUAUCAGCCACCGCCCCGCAACACGCGUCGCUAUCAGUCAUGGGGAGCAGGAUCCGGAUACCAUGCAGUGGACAAGGCCCGCUAUGUCCACGCGAAUUACCGGUUUAUUGUAUCGCCGGAUCGCAAUUACCAUGCGCAGUCGGCCAAUGCUGAUGUCCACCUGGACUGGGAUUCAGUUCUUCAAGUACUUGUGUCUGCUCAAACUCAAGCUGCUAGCUGUCCGAUUUGCCUGUCUACGCCAGUCGCUCCUCGAAUGGCCCGUUGCGGCCAUAUCUUUUGUCUACCUUGUCUGAUUCGAUAUAUGCAUGCAUCAUCUGAUGACGACACACCAGUCCCCGAGAAAAAAGCUCGAUGGAAGAAAUGUCCGAUCUGCUGGGAUUCAAUAUACUCGUCAGAAACUCGUCCCGUUCGAUGGUUUCGCGGCCAGGAAGGUGACCUACCUGUUGAAGGUGGAGAUGUUGUACUGAGAUUGGUCAAGCGGGAGCCCGGUAGUACGCUCGCCUUGCCGCGCGAUGGUGCGGAGGCUCUCGGUGCCGGACAGGAUAUUCCUUGGUAUCAUGUGGCAGAAGUUGCGGAUUACGCCCGAAUCAUGAAGGGCGGGGAAGAUUACAUGAUCUCUCAAUACGAGACCGAAAUUGAGGACUUGCGCCAGCAAGCCGUCGAGGACGAGCUGCUGUUUGGGGAUGAGAACACCUGGACCCGCAAGGCCAUUAGCGCUAUCAAUGGUGCGAAAGAAAAACUCAAGGGCAUUGGUAAUCCGCCUGACGUUUCACGGCAGCCCAAUAAGGCUGCCAAAGAGCCAGCUGUGGUGUCCAUUGCCUCCGUUGUCGACACGCCCGAGCCCACGAUUCCAUCUAUCAACGGUUCUUCGGCCGAGUCUGUGCCUGAAUCCAGCACGGAUACAACACAUCCGCUGCCAGAAUUUACAUCAACCCCCGCCACAUCAGAUGAAGCGGAACAUCUCUCGGACGCAUUGGAUAACACCAAGAUUUCACCCGAAUCCAAUACUAAACCCAAGCCCAAGGGCAGGGGCAAAGAGCCACAGGCCUCCCAGCAAUCCGACCAACCCUACUACUUCUACCAGGCUCUGCCUCAAUUCUACCUAUCGUCUCUUGAUAUUCGGAUCCUCAAGGCAGCAUUCAACGAAUAUGCUGAUUUCCCAGCGACUAUUCUACCUCGGGUAGAGCACAUCUCUACCGGUCAUAUGGUUGACGACGAGCUCCGCAAGCGAGUGAAAUAUCUGGGCCACCUUCCUUACGGCUGUGAGGUCAACUUUCUUGAAUGCGACUGGAGGGACGUGGUCGUACCCGAAGUCCUCAACCGUUUCCGCUCUGAGAUUGAUCGGAGGCGAAAACGCAAUCGCGAGAAAGAAGCUCGCGAGGAGAAGGACCGAAUCCGUGCUGAAAAGGAAGAGGACGAUAAACGAUGGGCUGCUGCACGGCGCAAACGGCCCAGCAUCGGCGGUGCCAGUGAGGCACCAUUCUCUGCACAAGAUUUCCAGCCAUUAUCUAGCGGCCACGAUCCCGACUUGUUUGAUGCCGGCGCAUCCUCGGCUUCUCCUCCCCGUGCAUCCUCCCAAUUUGGGGCGUUGGCUUCCCCCUCCAACAGCCCUCCAGGCUCACGCACUGUUUGGGGAACCACGGUUGUCGCAUCGCUGUCUCCGACUCUUGAACAUCGGAGUGAAACCCCCAACGAUGGAUGGCUACACGGCUGGGAGGAUGAGUUGCUAGCGCAGCAAGAGUCUGCGGUCAUUGCCCAGUCCGCUGCUGAAGCGCAACCCGCAGCCUCCGGCCCAACUACGUCAUCAACUGGUGGGAAGAAAAAGAAGAAAAACAAGAUCACAUUGAUGUCAACCAACAGCCACCGAGGCGCAUAA